GGUUCCUUACAAAAUCCAUGUCUCUGAGGAUGGUGAACUAUUUGCAGUUGAUGCAGUUAAUAGCAACAUUGUUAAGAUUACUCCACCAUUGUCACAAUAUAGCAGGGGAAGAUUGGCUGCUGGGUCAUUUCAGGGUUCCACAGGGCAUGUGGAUGGAAAGCCAAGUGAAGCUCGUUUCAAUCACCCCAAAGGUGUAACCAUGGAUGAUAAAGGGAAUGUGUAUGUUGCUGAUACCUUGAAUCUGGCUAUCAGAAAAAUUGGAGAUGCAGGAGUCACAACUAUUGCCGGAGGGAAAUCGAAUCUUGCAGGGUAUAGGGAUGGACCUAGUGAAGAUGCAAAGUUCUCAAAUGACUUUGAUGUUGUAUAUGUUCAACCGACCUGUUCCUUGUUAGUUGUUGAUAGAGGAAAUGCAGCUCUUCGGCAAAUCUUCCUCAACCAAGAUGAUUGUGAUUACCAGUACAGUUCAGUUUCUUCCACAGAUAUCCUAAUGGUUGUUGGUGCUGUCUUGGUUGGAUAUGCUACUUGCAUGCUUCAGCAGGGAUUUGGACCAUUUUUCUCAAACCCGGAACCUUCACAGAGUGAAUUCAAAAAAGAGACAAGGAAGGAAAAGCCCACUCCCAUUGUCAAAAGCAUGAAAGAGGAACCCGGAUCGCCAUCAUUUGGCCAACUCAUUAUUGAUCUGUCCAAGCUUGCACUUGAAGCAAUGGGUAGAGCAUUCCUUUACUUUGUCCCCUCUCGUUUCAGGUUUGGUGGCUCCAAGAAGGGUGGCUCCAAGAAGGGUCUCACACCAUUGAAGAAUUCCCUCGGGAUGCCUGAGGCUGAAGCUCAGCCCGCAGUAGUACAAAGGGAAACUACUCCUGCCCCACUUUCUGAAACCCGGCCUACUCUUGCAGCCAAUUCAAGUGAUAAGUAUUCAGAAUCAAAGCUUCCCAAGAUUAAAUCAAGCAGUUUCAAAGAGCCUUCUUUGAUAAGCAAGCACCGGUCCUCAAAACAAAAAGAAUAUGCAGAAUUCUACGGAUCUGGUGAAGUUCCUCCCUACAUCAGGUCUAAGACCCAGAAAGACAGAACAAGACAUCGCCAGCGCGAUAAAAGCGCAGAGGUUGCAUUUGGAGCAGGUGGGACAGAACCAAAACAUGUUGAGAUGAAGCCCUUGGAUUAUGAUAAUUCCAAGUUUGACCAUUUUACUAUGAGAAACAAGUAUGGCUCUAAUGAUUCCUACCGUUUCUGAAUUCCUUGCUACUACUAGGUGCUAGCAGCUUCCUUGCCCAGCUACCAAAUUUCACCCUUCUCCUUUUAGUCCAAACUCUUGACCUUGAAUAUGUAUUAUUCCAGUUUCCCUCCAUGCUUAGCAUAUAUUAGCAGGAAUUUGCAUGUGGGAAUUGUAAACUAAUGAUGUUAGCUCAGGGGUUAUGUCUGCCUCGCUGCUGCAACACAUGCUUCUUCAAUGCAUUGUAAUGUAGCAUUCUUUAAUGCAUUAUAAGGUCCAACAAAAUAGAGCUGGUGCUGCACAUGGUAACUCAUUUUGCUGCGGAUGUGGGUAUUCUGCAUCUUAUGUUGAUUUUGUCCCCUUGAUGUAGCCUGCGGCCGUGACGAAGAAGAAGAAAACACUAUUAAAGUCAUUAUACAAUC